AAUUAUUAUAAAGAAAUUUAGCUUUCUAUUGAUUAAAAUUAUUUUUCUAAAUUUAAGUUAUUAUAGACUAACAUUUUAUAAAAUCAAUUCUAUCCCUCUAUCUCAUACACCUACCUUCUCUCUUCCUUCCUUCUCUCUCUUGCUCUUUGAACUCACUCUAAGAACUCGACCCACAUACCACAACUCCGGUCCUUUCUCUCCAUAACCACCGCGAUCACAGACCCAACGACCCACGAAUCUAAUGACCACCGUGAACCUAACAACCCACAGACCUAAUAAUUUUUCUAUCAGCCACAGCUUCUCCAUUGAAUUGUUUUUUAUUAUGUGCAUAAUUUAGAGUUAAAAUAUAUAAAAUUAUUAAUAUGUUUAUUUGAGUUUAUGUUAAAUUUUGACGUCAGAAUGGUUUGAUAUAUGUUUUGAGAAAAAUUUGAAUUUUUAACCUAGUUCGAUGCAGCGUAAUAUAGACUCGAUAUAUUUUUGUUGUGGAAAGCGAAAAAAUUUGAAGACGAUAGCACGAUGUAGCCCCAAUAAUAUCUUUAUAAGUUUAUUUAGAUUUAGAUACUAAAAAAAUCGUUAGGAAUUCUUCCAAUCUUUUUGUGAUUUUAUUCCGGUUUAGUCUUUUUUUUUUUCGAUUAAAUUAAAGUCUUUUCUAUGACAUUUUUCUAAUAGCAAAAUGUUUGUUUGUGAUAAUCACUUAAGAUAAAUAAAGAUUACACUAGGUUUAUUCGUUUUAAUCAAUCCAUCAAAUUAUUUCAUAUGUAAAGUUCCACUAUUAAUUGUAUCAAUUAUUAUUAUUUGCAGCAUAAUACAUUAAAGAGAAAUGUUUGAGAAUACCAUACCAUGAUCAGGACCAAGAAGACAACUUUUCAGUUGGUUGUUUUGAGCAUUGGUCACCUUAUUACCCGCCAAAAUUCGAAACUGAAAUCUUGUGCUUUUCACAGUAGAAAUGACACUGUUUUUGAAAAGCUUCAAUGGGUCAUGUCCCUUUUCAAGCUCUGUUCCACCAUGAAACAUUUGAACCAAAUUCAUGGACGCAUUAUUCGAGCUGGGUUUCAACAAGACCUCUUUGUUAUGGGCAAGAUCGUUGAGUUUUGUUCGGUUGGCCAAGGCAGGGACUUGGAUUAUGCCUUAUUGGUUUUGGAUUGUGUAGAAAACCCAGAUGGAUUUCUUUGGAAUACUAUGAUUAGGGGAUUUGGCAAGACUAACCAGCCCCAAAGGGCAUUUGAAUUUUAUAAGAUAAUGCAAGAAAAAGGUGGAAAGGUUGAUAGUUUCACUUGUGCUUUCUUAGUUAAGGUUUCUGAGCAAUUGGGAUCAGAUAUUUUGAGCAAGCAGAUUCAUUGUUCUUGCUUAAAACAUGGUUUGGAUUCUCAUGUCUUUGUGAGGAACACUCUCAUUCAUAUGUAUGGUAUGUUUAGAGAUAUUCAAAAUGCAGUUAAACUGUUUGAUGAAAUGUCCAGUCCAGAUUUAGUUUCUUGGAACACAGUUCUUGAUAGCUAUGUCUACUGCGAAAAACACAAGGAAGGUUUGGAACAUUUGUUGAGAAUGCUCAAGAGUGGUACACAACCCGACGAGGCUACAUUUGUUGUGACUCUCUCAGCAUGUUCUGCAUUGGGAGCCUUAGAUUUCGGGAGAUGGAUUCAUUCUUAUAUUAAGAGAACUGGUUUUCGCGAUAUCACCUCAGUAUCAAAUUCACUUGUUCACAUGUAUUCCAAGUGCGGAGCUGUUGAAGAAGCGUAUGAAACAUUCAACAACAUGAUGAUGAAGAGGCGGAAUUUGAUAUCAUGGAACACGAUGAUUCUCGCACUUGCCAAUCAUGGUCAUGUAGACAAGGCAUUGUCAUUGUUUUCCGAAAUGUUAGAAGUUGAGAGACCGGACAAUGUAAGUUUCUUGGGAGUUUUGUCUGCUUGUAGCCAUGGUAGGUUGGUCAGCGAAGGUAGAAAAUACUUUGAUAUUAUGACUAAAGACUACAACAUCAAACCAACAAUGAAACACUAUGGAUGUAUGGUUGAUAUCUUGGGGCGAGCCGGGUUGUUGGAAGAGGCUUACCAAUUCAUUAUAAGUAUGCCAAUUGAAUGCAAUGCAAUCAUAUGGAGAACUCUUCUCGCAGCUUGUCGAACUCAUGGUGAUGUGAAGCUUGGAAAGGAGGUGAGAAAACAUCUUUUAAGGUUAGACCCAGAUCACAGCAGUGACUAUGUUCUUCUUGCAAACAUGUAUGCAAGUGCAGGGGAGUGGAACCGAGUUAUCAGUGUAAGAAAUUCAAUGAAGGACCGGCAUGUUAAAAAACCAGAGCCAGGGAAUAGCUUCAUUGAAGAUUCAUCGUCACUCACAGUCACACCAGAUUUAAUAUGAAAUUAACUGGUCAUUUCUUGUAUCAAAUUUUACUGUGUAGUGCACUUAUUGAAUUGAAUGUUUCAUGUAUUUUAACAUUUACACAAUAAAACAAAAUUAGAUUAAAAAAUUAUGCUGAAUGAUAAA